AUGUCACCUUCAGUGGUUUGCGUACUGCACUCGGCCAAUGAGUGCUACGCAGAGUCACUUGUAGGGAACGCUUUGCAGUGUCUGCACGCCAUUCAGCGCAGCGUGCGGGUCACCGCGCCAGAUUUCAUCCCGUCUAUCGCGGUUUUCUUUGCCGAUCCGCAGAACGGUGCGAGGUGCGUCUACUCAUCCGUUGUGCCGGACCGCAAUCACGCGCUGGAUGGCGUUGCGGCCACCUAUCCGCCGCUCGCUGAUGCCAAUGGAGUACCGUUCUCGCACGACAACGGCGCAGAGGCGAACCAAACGGAGAAACCAACCGCCUUUGUUCAGCUCUUUCGUCUUCGCUCUCCGCUCUUUCUCCAACAAACUGUAUUGCAGGCUGUACGAAAGCAAAACACCUCCGUCUCGACCUCUGCCAGCGUUGGCGCUUCCACCUCUGCGUCUCCCGCACCCACAGCGCGUGAUAGUGACAUUUGGGGCUCCUUGACCGGUGCCUUGCUUGCCUCCUUGUGCUACCUUCGUGCGCAUCCCAGCAGCGCCUUCACCAGCGUGGGGAUGGACGACAUGGACUCUGUCGCGGACGACGCCACCGAUGAUGCGGCGGGUGGUACACCCGAUGAAGGCGCACACCCUUCCCGCGGCACAAGCCGUAUUUUGAUCUUCAGCGAUGCGCGGGCGGGGGCGGCGCCUUCUUACAGCGCGGAGUGUGGACUUGCGAUGGCGGUGGUCACGGCGAGCAAGAUGGGCGUUGUGGUGUCGUGCUUCGGCGAUGCGGUGGCACAGACCGACUCGGCCGAAAACCGUCUCGUUGGACUCGCCUCCAGCUUGGGCGGCUUCUGCGCCGCACGCUUCACCCUUGCGGACCUUGGCCAGUUGCUAGAUGGCGAAAGCGGACUGACGGAGGGCAGCGGCGGGAGCAGCUCGCGGCGGAAACGCGACCGCAUCGCGUCGCAGUUUGUUGUGGGUCCCACCAUGUUGCCGUGCCACCCAUUGCCCACCUCGACGUUGGAGAACACCUCCCUCGACAUUCCAAUCGAAACAGAAAAGAAAGAGGCCGUAGCCGUUGAUGGGACCUCGUCACGCGAGCGUGCGUCGCACCUGGGCUGGCUGUGCCCUUCGUGCAUGGCGAUUAUACACCGCAGCCCCCGCGAGGUUCCCGAGUCUUCCUCCGGUGUGACCAAUCAACGCGCUGAGGACGGCAGCGGAGAACCGCAGUCGGCGGGGGUGAGGUGCCCCUAUUGCCACGCGGUUUGA